GCCAGUUCAGUGUGCGACAUGGGAACCUCACACUCGCGCCAUCUAAAUCUCCUGCUUCUCGUCACACUUUCCAACCUGCAUUGGACUACACAUAUGGGCACCCAUGGCUCCCGCCACGCUGUGGCCACUUCUAUGAUGAGCUCCGCCCCCCACAGCUCGCUCUUUGUGUUUGCCAAACCGUCCCUUGCUGAUGCGUCCUCCGUCGCGUCGCCGCUAAGCUCGUCGAGCAGCAGCCAAACAAGCUCCACUCCCACAUCUAUCGAUCCGUCUGGCUACACUCACUUGGACCCUGCCCUCGACGUGCUUCGUGCGCGUGGAGUUUUGAGACUUAUCACUCAGUUCCAAGACGGCUUGGACGGAAAAUUGCACGCGUUAGUGGCAGCCUAUACCGCCAUGCCAAGCCAUAACGAAGCGUUCAUUGUGCGGGCCAUACUAUCGCGUGGGUCGUCGUCAAAAAACAGCCGCCCUCGUCGUUCUCGUCACAACUUGAUGCAUUCACAGCAGGAUCAUCAUCCCAGCAGAGGCGCGGUGCCCCCCCCCACCACCACAUCCCAUCCAUACGACGACCAGCAGCAUCAUCCACUAGAAACGGUCAAGACGCUGUACCGGUUCCGACGCCGCGAAGUGUUCACACCCGCUUGUCUGGUGUAUUUGGCCAAACACGGGUCCCUCCGGUUACUUGCAUACUUGCACGCUGUUGGAUGCACAGCCUUUACACCGCAAGUGAUGGACGCGGCGGCGCAGUACGGACACUUGAGUCUCGUUCAGUUUCUGCACACGCAUCGACUAGGAUGCACGACAGCCGCGAUGAAUGGCGCGGCGAGAAGUGGACAUUUGGACAUUGUGAAGUUUCUGCACGCCCACCGGUCGGAAGGAUGUACGUCGGCGGCGAUGGACGGCGCCGCGAACAACGGACAUGUCGACGUGGUUAAGUUUCUGCAUGCCCACUGCAAGGACACCUGUGACAUGGACUCGGCUCUCAAACUUGCGACGGACAAGGGACAUUUGGAGAUUGUGCGGUUUCUGCACGACCUGGACGACGCCAACAACGUGCUCAACGUGCUCGUGUGGGCGGCGCGAAAGGGACAUUUGGACAUUGUGAAGUACAUGCAGGAAACCCACAAAGAAGCGAUUGUGCGGUUCAACCACCAUGUCAUUUACACGGCGACGGAGCGAGGGCAUACUGACAUUGUCGAGUAUUUGACUGACGGAGCUCGAGGCGGAUUGAUCCACACAGCGGCGUAGAAUGUAGAGUAUUUAAUCAUUUUAUUUACUGGGAACUAACUGUACCUAACCACUGGAUACAUAAAGUACAUAAGCGUUC